GACGCAGUGAUUAUUCAUUUCAUAACUCAUAGCAGCAGGAAGUAAUAGAUAGAUUAGCAGUUCGGUGACAUCGGCGCCACGCCAUGAGAAAGAGGGCAAGAACCAGCCUAGACACCGCCGUCGUCGAUCUCUGGAAACGAGAGGUCGGCGACCUCUCCACCAGAAACUUCGCUCACCGUCUUGCUGCAUCUGAGGAUCUUGUGCUUCGUCUUGACAUCUUUGGGAAGCUGGAUAAACACAGAGGUUGUGUGAACACAGUUAACUUUAAUGCUGAUGGAGACAUUCUCAUAUCGGGUUCGGAUGACAGGAGAGUGAUAUUGUGGGAUUGGGAAGGUGGGAAUGUUAGACUGUCAUUCCAUUCAGGCCAUCACAACAAUGUCUUCCAAGCAAAAAUCAUGCCAUACACUGAAGAUAGAAGCAUUGUAACUUGUGCUGCUGACGGACAGGUUAGACAUGCUCAGAUACUGGAGCGUGGAAAAGUGGAGACUAGGCUCCUGGCUAAGCAUCACGGACGAGCUCAUAAGCUGGCCAUUGAACCUGGAAGCCCGCAUAUAGUUUAUACCUGUGGUGAAGAUGGAUUAGUUCAGCAUAUUGACCUGAGGACUGGAGUUGCUACAGAACUUUUUACAUGCCAACCUAUUAGGGAAAGGAGUUUCCUGUCAGUUGUUCAACUAAAUGCAAUUGCAAUAAAUCCAAGAAAUCCCAAUUUAUUUUCUGUUGCUGGAGCAGAUGAAUUUGCUCGACUUUAUGAUAUUCGCAAAUAUAAAUGGAAUGAAUCAACUGAUUUUGGUCAGCCUGUUGACUUCUUUUGUCCCACUCAUUUACGUGGUGAUAAGCAUGUAGGGAUAACUGGAUUGGCAUUCUCAGACCAGAGUGAACUUCUCGUGUCCUACGCUGAUGAGUUCAUUUAUCUUUUUUCGAAGGAUAUGGGACUGGGACCUCACCCAGUACCACCUUCUCCUGUGUCCAGCAGCAGUGAUGGUACUGAAAUGGGUAAUGAUCACCGGACAAGUUCAUUUCCAGCAGACAUGGAUGCUGAUGCUCUAGCUGGUCCCCAAGUUUUCAAGGGGCACAGGAACUGUGACACAGUUAAGGGUGUGAACUUCUUUGGUCCUAAGUGUGAAUAUGUGGUGAGCGGAUCAGAUUGUGGGAGAAUAUUCAUAUGGAAGAAGAAAGAUGGGGAGCUUAUUCGGGUUAUGGAAGCUGAUAAGGAUGUCGUAAAUUGUAUUGAGCCUCAUCCUCAUACCAUGGUGCUAGCUAGCAGUGGAAUUGAGAGUGACAUAAAACUAUGGACUCCAAAAGCCCUUGAAAGGGCUACUUUGCCGACAAACAUUGAAAAGGUACUAAUUCCUGGUCGAAUUCAUUUCUUCCCCAUUGGCGGAUAUGAAGAUGACAGUGACGAUGAUGACGAGGAGUAUUUCUAUUAUGAUGGUGGUGAUAGUGAGGACUUUAGUGAUGAUUAUGAGGAAGAAGAGGAAGAGGAUGAUGAAGAUUCUGUGGUUGAUAAUGAUGAUGAUGUUGAUUGUGAGUCAGUGGAUGUUGAGGAUGAAGAUUCUGUGGGUGAUAGUGAUGAUGAUGUUGGUUGUGAAUCAGUGGAUGUUGAGGAUGAAGAUGGUGAAGAUGAGGAGUUUUAUGACAGUAUAAUUGAUGAUUGUGAUGGUUCUUUUGACACUAUUAAUGAGGAUGAGGAUGAGGAUGAUGAGUUUGGUGAUUCUGAUGAUGAUGACUGGCUGUGAUGGGAAAGAAGCGUAUGCAAUGAUUAUAGUUGUAUAGACACUUGGUGAUGAUGAUCACUGUUGCUGAUGAUUUUGUACUUUCUGU